GAGUGGCAUCGCGGUGGACCCUGCCACGGCAGGAUCCCCGAGGCCUUUGGCGAUUCUAGCGGCUUUCAGGCGGCCUUCAUUUCUCUGUGUCGAGGCCUCUUUGGGUCCCCACCUGUAGGGGGUACAGUGUAGGACAGGAGAACCCCCUCCAUCCCUCACUCCACCGCCACAGCCAUGUCAACGGCCGAGGCCGCGGCAACGGCCGAAGCCCGGGAACCCGGCACCAGGAUCAAGUCCAGCAGCCCUCGCCAAAUCCCGGCAGUCGGGGUGGUGACGGAAGACGAGGAAGCGCAGGGUGUUUUCACGUCUAUGGACCUAAAUCGUGUCAUCAAACUCCUUGAAGAGACUGAAAAAGAUGAUUUAGAAGAAAAACAACUUAAGUCUGUCAAGAAAGUGGUGCAGUGUUAUCAGAAUGGACUUCCCCUAAGGGAUUUAGCACAGAUAUUUAAAAUUCUGAAUCUGUGUGCAGGAAAAAUUAAAAAACAGCCCCAUUUUAUAGAACCUGCAUAUAAUAUCCUAAAAUUAUGUGGCCUGCCAUUUUUGAAAAAGAAAGUAUCGGAUGAAAUAACAUAUGCUGAAGAUACUGCUAAUUCAAUUGCACUUCUGGGUGACUUAAUGAAAGUACCGAGUUCUGAAUUGAGGAUACAAAUUUGUAAGUGUAUAACUGACUUUUAUCAUGCAGAACCACCAAAGCAGCAUAUUCCAGGUUACCAGCAAGCUAGUUCAUUGUAUAAGAUUAAAAUGGCUGAAGUUGGAGGACUGGCAAAAACAAUGGCCCAGUCAUUGGCCUUGCUAGAAAAUCAACUUGUUGAGAAACUUUGGGUGCUUAAAGCUCUGCAACAUCUCUCAACUUCUGAAGUUAAUUGCACUUUAAUGGUGAAAGCACAAGCAGCCAGUGGAAUCUGUGCUCACCUCGAUGACCCAGAUCCCUCUGGACAACUUCUGUUUCGUUCAUCCGAAAUACUUUGGAACUUACUGGAAAAAUCUUCAAAAGAAGAAAUCAUACAGCAACUUAGUAACUUGGAAUGUGUGCUGGCUUUGAAGGAAGUAUUUAAAAGUCUGCUUACAAGAGGUUUUAGUCAUUAUGAUCGUCAGCUUAGAAAUGAUAUAUUAGUGAUCACUACAAUUAUAGCUCAAAAUCCUGGAGCACCAAUGAUUGAAUGUGGCUUUACCAGGGAUUUGAUACUAUUUGCAACCUUUAAUGAAGUUAAAAGUCAAAAUCCUUUGGUAAAAGGUCUUAAGCUUUCUAAUUCCUAUGAAGAUUUUGAGUUGAAGAAACUGCUAUUCAAUAUAAUUGUGAUCUUAUGUAAAGAUUUAUCUACUAUACAGUUAUUAAUUGAUGGCAAAGUUAUUUUGGCUUUGUUUAGCUAUGUUAAAAAGCCCGAGAAACAGAAAAUAAUUGAAUGGUCUGCAGCACAGUAUGAAGAAUUACAACUGCAUGCAAUUGCCACUUUGUCAUCAGUGGCUCCUUUUUUAACAGAAGAGUAUAUGUUGUGUCAGGGAAAUGCUCGAGUCCUUGCAUUUCUAGAAUGGUGUGAAAGUGAAGAUUCUUUCUUUAGUCAAGGUAACAGUUUUCAUGGUACAGGUGGCCGUGGCAACAAAUUUGCCCAGAUGCGUUACAGUUUAAGACUCUUGAGAGCCAUGGUCUACCUUGAGAAUGAGACUAUAAACAAGGAUCUUUGUGAAAAGGGAACAAUUCAGCAACUGCUAGGAAUCUUUAAAAAUACAAUAAGCAAGUACAAUGACAAGGAAGAGGCCAUUCUUUUGGAAAUUCAAUCUGAUAUAUUACUUAUUUUAUCUGGUCUUUGUGAACAUCAUAUUCCCAGGAAGGAAAUUUUUGGAACUGAAGGAGUGAAUAUAAUUCUUCAUGUAAUGAAAACAGACCCCAAGAAGUUACAGAGUGGAUUAGGCUAUAAUGUACUCCUUUUUAGUACACUGGACAGCAUUUGGUGCUGUAUUUUAGGAUGUUACCCCUUGGAGGACUACUUUCUUGAAAAAGAAGGCAUUUUUCUCCUUUUGGAUUUAUUGGCAUUGAACCCCCAAAAAUUCUGUAACCUAAUACUUGGAAUAAUGGUUGAAUUUUGUGAUAAUCCCAAAACUGCGGCUCAUGUCAAUGCUUGGCGAGGGAAGAAGGACCAGACAGCUGCUAGUCUUUUAAUUAAGUUGUGGAGAAAGGAAGAAAAAGAACUAGGAGUAAAACGUGAUAAACAUGGGAAGAUCAUUGAUACAAAGAAACCUCUAUUUACCAGUUUUCAAGAAAAGCAAAAAAUCACACCACUGCCUGCUAACUGCCCAACCAUUGCAGUUAUGGAUGUUGCUGAGAAUAUCAGAGCAAAAAUUUAUGCUGUGUUGGGCAAACUCGAUUUUGAAAAUUUACCUGGCCUAUCUGCUGAAGAUUUUGUCACUCUCUGUAUCAUACAUAGAUAUCUUGAUUUUAAAACUGGAGAAAUAUGGAAUGAAAUAUAUGAAGAAAUAAAGUUAGAAAAGUUAAGACCAGUCACUAUGGACAAAAAUAUUUUGGAAUCUAUUACAACAGCAUCAGAAAAUAUUGGAAAGAUGGUCGCUUCUCUGCAAAGUGAGAUGAUUGAAAGCCAAGCAUGCCAAGAUGUGCAAAAUGAACAAAAAGUAUAUACAAAAAUACAAGCCACACACAAGCAAAGAGAACUGGCUAAUAAAUCAUGGGAAAAUUUCUUGGCUAGAACAUCAAAUGCUAAAACUUUAAAGAAAGCAAAACGACUUCAGGAGAAAGCUAUAGAAUCCUCUAGACGCAGUAAGCAACCUCCAAAUGCAGUAUUUCACUGGACAGAUAUUAAAGGCCUUAACACAACAGUUCCCUCUGGUCGGGUAGUAACAGUGGAAAGCACUCCUGCCCGAUUAGUGGGAGGACCUCUGGCUGAUACAGAUAUUGCUCUUAAGAAACUGCCUAUUCGAGGAGGAGCCUUACAGAGGGUGAAAGCAGUAAAAACUGUGGAUGAGCCAAAGAAGAGUGUUCCCACAUAAAUACUCUAGAGACUUUCUGAAAUAAAUUCUUAUAAUUUUUAGUUAAA